AUGAACAUCUUCAGGUUAUCUGGGGAUCUCUCCCAUUUAGCAGCCAUCAUCAUUCUGCUGCUAAAAAUAUGGAAAACCAGAUCUUGCGCCGGUAUUUCUGGAAAGAGCCAGCUUCUUUUCGCCUUAGUCUUUACUACUCGUUAUCUGGAUCUGCUCACCGCCUUCAUCUCGCUCUACAACACCACCAUGAAGAUGAUCUACAUCGGCUGUGCAUAUGCCACUGUCUAUCUGAUCUACGCAAAGUUCAAAGCUACAUAUGACGGCAACCAUGACACCUUCAGAGUGGAGUUUCUGGUGGUUCCUGUCGGGGGAUUAUCAUUCCUCGUCAACCAUGACUUCUCACCACUUGAGAUUCUGUGGACGUUCUCCAUCUACCUGGAGUCGGUGGCGAUCCUGCCGCAGCUGUUCAUGAUCAGUAAAACAGGAGAAGCCGAGACCAUCACCACACACUAUCUGUUCUUCCUGGGACUGUACCGAGCCCUCUACCUCAUCAACUGGAUUUGGAGGUUUUACUUCGAGGGCUUCUUUGACAUGAUCGCUAUUGUGGCUGGAGUAGUGCAGACCAUUCUGUACUGUGAUUUCUUCUAUUUGUACGUCACAAAAGUGCUGAAAGGAAAGAAGCUGAGCCUUCCAGCUUAA